CUAGGGUGACAGUAUGUAAAAAUAAAAAAAAAAAACAAAUAAUAUAAAAAAUAAACUAAAAAUGGUAAAUUUUGGCCAAGAUUUAUGAUGAAAUAUUAUUUAAUUGCAAAAUUUUAUAAGAAACACUUUUUUUCCAAAAUUUUUGGACUUUUUCAUUUAUAUAUCAAAAAAAUAAAAAUCCCAGUGGUGAAUAAAUACCACCAAAAUAAAGCUUUAGCCGUCUCAAAAAAAUGCUAAAACAUUCAUAUGGGUACAGUGUUGCAUGACUGCGCAAUUGUCAUUCAAAGUGUGAUAGCGCUGAAAGCUGAAAAUUGGCCUGGGCAGGAAGGGGGUGAAAAAGUGUCCGGACUUGAAGUGGUUAA